CCAGUGCCCAGUACAAAGAUCCUCACUGUAUUGGUGGCAGAGAUGGUAUCGUCCAUUUGUUUGAGUGGAAGUGGAGCGACAUAGCCACAGAAUGCGAGACUUUCCUGGGACCAUAUGGAUUCUGUGGUGUACAGACCUCACCUGCCAACGAGAACCGAGUGGUCACAAGCCCCAACCGGCCAUGGUGGGAGCGCUACCAGCCGGUCAGCUACAAGCUGGUUACACGGAGCGGAGAUGAGAACAGUUUCAAGAACAUGGUAUCCAGAUGUAAAGCUGCUGGCGUCAACGUUUAUGUGGAUGUUGUGUUGAACCACAUGACUGGCGCAGGAGGAACCGGCAAGGGAACCGGAGGAACAUCGUACGACGCCGGUAGCUUGCAGUUUCCCGGGGUUCCCUAUGGCCCAACAGACUUCAAUGAUGCCAGCGACUGUCAUACUUCUGAUCUUGACAUACAUAACUACCAGAACGCGGAGGAAGUCAGUCUGUUGGAUUUGAACGUGGGCAAAGACUAUGUUCGAGGCAAGAUCGCCGAUUUCCUUAACCACCUCAUCGACCUGGGUGUGGCUGGCUUCAGAAUGGACGCCGCCAAACACAUGUGGCCCGCCGACAUCCAAGCCUUUCUGGGCAAAGUCAAGGUGAACUUUUCUUCUUCUGACGUCAGUGGUGGUGGCCGACCUUUCGUAUACCAAGAGGUCAUUGACCAAGGCGGGGAGCCCAUAAAGGGCGAGCAGUAUUUCGGCACUGGAAGAAUUACGAACUUCAAGUUUGGGCAGGAGCUAGCCAAACUUUUCAGAAAACAGAACGCACUGAAAUACUUGACUAACUGGGGAACUGGCUGGGGCAUGUGGGACAGCGGCAAUGUGGUCAACUUUGUGGACAACCACGACAACCAAAGAGGUCAUGGGGGUGGCGGUACUGUGCUGACGCACUGGGAGCCCAAACCAUACAAGUUGGCCACGGCGUUUAUGCUAGCCCAUCCUUAUGGUCUGCCUCGGAUAAUGAGUAGUUACGAGUACAACAGAGACAACAGCGACGAAGGACCGCCCCACAAUAACGAUAUGACCAUCAAGACAGUGGGUCAUAGUGGGAUGUCGUGUACUGGAGGCUGGAGCUGUGAACACAGAUGGCGUCAGAUUUACAACAUGGUGGCUUUCCGUAACAACGCUGCAGGAACUAAUGUUGCCAACUGGUGGUCGGGUGCCGACUAUAAGAUCGCAUUCUCCCGGGGCAACAAAGCAUUUAUUGCUUUUAACUUGGAGAGCUCCGAUAUUAACCAGUCAUUACAGACCGGACUUCCGGCGGGUACUUAUUGUGACGUCAUCAGUGGUGAUUUAGUCAAUGGCGCCUGUACAGGCAAGAGUGUGACAGUCGGUGGUGACGGCAAGGCUAAUAUCAAUGUAUGCAGCAACUGCGACGAUCCAGUACUGGCUAUUCACGUUGGGGCAAAGGUUGGAUCACCUUAUAAACGAUAUGGCUAA